GGAGAUUACUCUAUCGGGGAGCUUCUAGCUAAUAAAAUAGAGCUCUUGCUCUGUCAAGGCUGGUAUGCCGAUAGGAGCAAACGCCCGGCCAGAAAGCCUUCAUCAGAAAGUGUGGCAAUUUGUUCUUUUUCUGGUUACUCGGAGGAGCGUCAGGCCUUGGAAAGCUUUCUUUUCACUGAUUUGUCCGAUCCACAGGCUCGACUGCGCUGUAUUCUCUCUGCCAUGGCCAUGGUGAUCCGCCAAGUCAUCCGAAAGGAGAAGGAGAAGAUGGUCGUUGGCGACGGCGCCUUUAAGAUGUGGUGCUGUCAGUUGAAGUUUAUGAUUGAGACUACACAACAACUUCCCUACCAGCAGAAGAAAUUGCAAUGCUUAUUGACGGGUGACACGAAAGAUCAAGGUUUGCGCGAAGCUUUUCUGGACGACCUAUUCAGCGCUCAACUAGGCGACGCAAUCUCCGAGCCGCAGCGUUAUGGUCACAUCCAGGCCUUGCUUCGCGCGGAGUUAAUGGAGCGGAGGACAUCUUGGAAGCAGCGACGUUUGCUAGAUGAGCUCGAGCAAGAAGGCAUUGAAAAGAAAAUUAAUGGGUCUCUGCAACCUUUCGCCGGGACGACGUCUACGAUAGCCUCUCUCACGCCGGUAGGGACUGUGAAGAAGAAAAAGAAAAAGCGCCGCGAUAAAUGUCCAGAUCCAGCACCAGUGACAGUCACUCUCUCCGGUAACGUUGCCACUGGCGAAUACAGGACUGUCAUGCAAGAGGAACAGAAGCACACCGCGGAUUUGCGUGACACUAACGUGCAGGGAAAAAUAAAGUUGAUUGCGAGGAAAGACGGCGAAGAUCGCCAUUUUUCACGCGCUUUGUCUUCACCACCGUGUCUCACAUCCAUAAAGAUGAUAGAGGGACCUUCAAUUGAAAUGGACUCUGGGUCUAAAACUGUUAUGCGGGAAAGUGAAAAUUCCAAACCUCGGAAUGAACAUCUCCCGACGGGAUUUUCGAGAUGCGUCCAAUACGACGAAAAGAAAAGGGAUGAAGGUGUGAUGUGCUUCUACAAGGACGAGGAAAGAGAAAAGAAUUCGUUGACGGUUGAAACCCAGAAGAUGGCGCGGAAGUGCGAGAUAAAAGAUGAGGUCCUUGCAGAAUACGAGGAUGUAGACGGAGACGGGUCGUCGAUGACAUGCGAUGGUCAACAAGAUGAAUCUGUGACAGACACAGAAAAUAUUCCGCCGGAAAAUUCAUUGUGCCAGGGCGGGGCGGUAACUAGUGCCUCAUCCAACGACACACUCCUGAAAGACCUCUGCUUGAAACUAGAAGCGGAGGUUGCCACGCUGAGGGGGGUCCUGGCGGCUCAGAGAGAGGCAAUUUCCUCAGGGAGCGGUAAUCUACACACAUCAUACACGCACAGCUUAGCUUUUCCAUCGUAUGGAUUUGAUUCUGCUCCUUUGCAUACAAAGCAUGUUCCUCCGUACCAACAUCCAUUCCUCCAGAGGAGCGAACUGCAUCAGUUGGAGAUAAUGAGUGAUGACGGCCGCGGGGGUGGAGCGGAUGGCACAGCUACAGCAGCUUGGCUUGGAGAAGGUUCCCAGCAUCAUGUAGCAUUGAGUGCGGUCAGCCCUUUUGCUGCGAACGGCGGCAUAGAAAAUUUGUAUCCUGGUAAUGGAGACAAGCCCGUCCUGAGUAUAGCUGCUGCUACUUCUACCCGGAACUGUAUUCAUGGAAAGCGUACCGGAAGCAGUUUUGAAGUCUCGAUUCCUCGGAAUCCCUCUGGUCCUCUGCAUGUGUGGGGAGAAAGACAGCCCCUUAUCAAUCCGAUUCAGCAGCCUCAGCGAAAUCACGUUUCACAGGACCAUCGGCAGUCACGGCAUGCGCUUUCGGCAUCUGUCUCGCUCGGAGGAGAUGACGUCUGUACACAUUCAUCUCUCUCUACGCCAGGUGUGGCUCAUGCGAAUUCGACCUAUCAGGCUGAGUGUGAAAUUCCUGCACUCCAUGCGGGCAGAGAAUGGUCUCGGCACAGUGAAAACGGGCCGUGCCAAUCAUCGGCACAUGUCUGCUUUGGCUUCACUCUGCGUCAAAUUCCUCUCGACAUCCGUUCGCGCUUGUGCGAUGACAUUGCAGCAUUUGUCGAGCGAGUGUCUGUAUGUACUGGCUCGCGUCUCCCUCAGCAAACGGUGGCCAUUAAUCGCUGUCGACAAGUCAUUCAGUCCCUAUGGCCCCGCGCACAAGUGAAAGCAUUCGGCUCUUUUGUCUCAGGAUUGGCUUUGCCUUCUAGUGACGUUGAUCUCAUUAUUUGUCUGCCAAAUGUCCGGCGAGACGCUCCUGCCCAGGCUCCCGGAGUCCUGGAGGGCCGCAAUGCCAUAAAGGAAACCUGGCAACAAGAGUUAGCUCGACGGCUGCGAGCCACAUCCUGGGUGAACCCGGCAAGUAUCAAGAUAAUUUCGCAUACGGCGAUCCCAGUGAUUAAAAUGACAGUGGAAUCGCAGCCAAGGCCCAGUCCGGCAUCGCCACAUCCGACAUCACCAGUCGAAGGGGGGACAGGAACGGUAGCUUCAGGUCAACACUCGGAAAUGGCAGCUGCAAGCCAGCGUCCGCAUUCUUGUCGGAAUGAGGCAGAUUUGUCAGCGGAACCGGAAGGUGUCGCAUUAAAUAUGGGGUGGACAGUCGAAUACGGGGUGCACCUGGACGUCUCAAUUGAAGGUGGUCAGCACAACGGGCUCCUGGCGAAUCGCGUCAUUGCUAAGCUUCUCGGAGAAAAUUUUGCACUCCGGCCUUUGGUGUUGGUUUUAAAGCAAUUCAUGAAAGAGCGAGGGCUCAUGGAAUCUUACUCUGGGGGUCUCUCUUCGUAUGGGCUCGUUUUGAUGGUUGCGCGCUACCUACAGGAGCAAUCAAAUGCCAUGGAUACAGGAGCGCUCCUGCUAGGAUUUUUAGAUUUCUACAGUAAUCAUUUUGAUCCGCGCAGCAUGGGCAUAAGCACGAACCAGCGCUGCUACUUUAGCCGCAGCAGUCAACAGAGCCAUCUCCAUCAUCAACACCAUCAACACCAUCAGCAAAAUAUGCCACCGCUUGGCUCCAACCGACGUGUAAGCCUUGGCGGCGCGGGCGAUGUACAUUUACCUUAUUAUUAUGUCCACCAGCAGCAACAGGUCCGCCCUGCAGGGGGCUCAUUUCUGGAGAAUCCUUACAAAUUUGAUCCGUUGUACAUUGAAGACCCGAUCCGUCCCAGCAACAACAUUGGUCGGAAUUGCUUCCGCAUAUUCCAGAUCCAGCGGGCCUGGAAUGAUGCUUGGCGAGACUUGGAUCCCGGCAGCAGUGGGGGUGUUCCUCGGCUGAAUCGCAUAGUUCAAAGUGAUGUGGGGAGUAAAUCUUGACGAUUUGUAAGGUCACACAGUUCAUUUCCUUUUUCCUUUAAGAAUGCACGUGCCAUCAUUUUUCGCGAGGAACUGGUAAAUCGAUAUGAUUGUGAAAGGAAAGGCCAUGUCGAUAUGUUGAAGACA